CCGACCUUCAGUCGCUCCAGGGGUAGCCCGUGCCACCCCGGCCGUGCACCUGCAGCUAGUGUGCCAUGGUGGCUUUGCCACUGCAGAGUGCUGUGCGACAAACGAUCGGCGAGUUUUCCGAAAACAGUUCCAUCCACGGGGUGCGCUACAUCGGUGAGCAUGGUCGGCGUUGGAUCGAGAGGCUCUUGUGGAUAGUGACGGAGGUCGUCUGCUUGGCGGGAGCCGUGUACAUGAUGCUGUACCUGCUGUACAAGUUCCAAGGCAACCCCACCAUGACGCGGGUGGAGUCUGCUUUCUACGAAGUGGCAAACGUCCCCUUCCCCGCAGUCACCGUCUGCAACGCCAACCGCAUAUUUCACUCCAAGGCGCGCAGACUGGUGGACAGAAUUAAGAUCCCGGAGUCGCUCAUGAUGUCACAGCACGACGUUAUGCGACUCCUGCCCUUGCUCGGGCAGUUGCUGUCUUCAGCCGAGUUGGGGAAGAAUAUUGCGGGCCGAGCGCGCCUGGACACCAUCCUCAAGUACAACAACCUGACACCAGAAGCAGUGCUCAAGGAGGUGGGGCAGACGUGCUCUGAGCUGCUCGAGCGGUGCAGCUGGGAGGGCCAUGCGGUGGAGUGCGCGACCAUCUUCUCCACGACCAUGACCUUUCUGGGCUUCUGCUGCUCCUUCAACUCGGAUGUGGACUUCUCCCUAGCUGUGCAGCCAUCAAAGCCCAAAAGUUCUCCUUUGAAGACUCCUUUCUUCGGAUACCCUCUUGGGCUGACUGUGCUGUUGCACGCAAACACGGAAGACUACUACUGGGGCCCGUUCGCCUCUGGAGGCGUGCUGUGUGCUGUGCACGACAGCGGCGAGAUGACGACGGAGCGCACCCCGCAGUCCAUGAUCUCCAUCGGCAGGGAGUCCAUGGUGCAGGUGGUGCCCUCGACGCGCAACGCGUCGCCCUCGCUGCGUGACGUCACGCCGCAGCGACGCCGCUGCCUGUUCGAAGACGAGAACCCCGUGUCGGACUCGGAGCCCUACAGCUACGACACGUGCGCCACGGAGUGCGAGGCCAACAGGGUGUGGAAGGCCUGCCGGUGCCGGCCGCUCAACUUCCCGCGCAUGGCGGGGCCUCGAGGGACAUUGUGCGGUCUUGACAAGUUGCCGUGUCUUGCUAAAUACAAUGAAGAGGAACACGACGCCAUGGUAAAAAAUCAAGUCAAGGGAGAUCAGCUUCCCUCGAACCCAGGCGAUGCGGACCAGUUGUCGGAGGACAUUACCCAAGCCUGCGGUUGCAUGGCGCAGUGCAACUCCGUGGACUACGCCAUCGAGACGACAACGGCCAACUUCGGCUCGGCGGGGAGCGUCCGCCGCAACUUCUACAAAAACCUGAACGCAACCGACCGCUGUCUCUUGCACGUGUACUUCGACACCCAUACGUCCGUCUUGUUGGUCAACGACCUGGUCAGCAACACAGUGCAGCUCAUGUAUGUGCACAUUUCAACAUAA